AAACUGAAGAAACACUCCUCCAGGAACUAAACACACUUCUUCAUCAUGGAUCUUUCAUUCAUGGCCGCUCAGCUGCCAGUGAUGAGCGGUGCGUUCAUGGAUGCUUCUCCUCUAGACGACUGCAGCACGGAGCACUCGCUUUUCAACUCGUCCGCCAGUGUGAAUGCAGGAGCUGCGGCUUCAGCUCCAGCCCAGCAAGAGGAACAGCACCGCGUGUCCAGCGACGCCGUGUGGCUGUGGAUCGCCAUCAUCGCCACCAUCGGGAACAUCGUGGUCGUCGGCGUCGUGUACGCUUUUACUUUCUGA